AACAGCGGUUCUGUAGCCCGUGAUCUACUUGCCGCUGAGCGCACGUUCUUAGCAUGGAUUCGGACUGGCUUGGGAUUUAUAGCUUUGGGAGUUGCCCUGGAAAAAGUGGAAGCAUUCGCAGCCAUAUCGCCAACUCUGCUCCACCUAGAGAACAGUCGGACGAAGCUCGCAGCCGGCACAUUAGUAGCAGUCGGGAGUCUGACGGUAGCACACGGCACACAACGCUAUUUCGGAACAUUGAAGAGUCUAGGUCGGGGAAUGUUUAGGCCAAACAUUGCAGGAGCAGGAUUGAUGGCCGUGACAAGUAUAGGAGUAGCG